AUGUCCAUCUUUGUUGUAGGCGCGACUGGCAUCGUGGGUGGUGCAGUGGCCCGCCAUCUCCUCAGCCUCAACUGGGCAGUCCACGCCACCACCCGCAAUCCAGACUCCAAGGCAUCCAAAGCCCUCCAAGCGCUGGGGGCCAAACUCUUCAAAGGCACAUGGGACGACGAAAGGGCCCUCUUGACUGCCCUAGCCGGUUGCUCAACCCUCUUUCUCAACCCAUACACCUAUCCCUUCGACCAAGGGGAGGAAGUCCAUUGGUCGAACCUCAUCCUCACCACCGCUAAAGCGGCAGGCGUCAAACAGGUCGUCUUCACCUCCAUAUUCGGAACGCAGAACCCGGAGAAGUUAAAGUACCAACAUCCUCUGGUGACCAAAGUACAGGAAUCCAAAGGCAAAGUUGAACAACUGGUGCGCGCCGCCGGCUUCGACUUCUGGACCAUUUUGCGCCCGGGGUACUUCAUGGCUAGCUUCUUACUUCCUAAAGCGGUUUUAUUCGCAGGCUUUCUCGAGACCGGGCGGUGGACAACUGCAUUACUGCCCGAGUCGCCUAUGCCACUGAUCGAUGAACACGACAUCGCCGUGUUCACUGCCGCGGCGCUCGCGGAUAAAGUACGGUUCAACAGAAAGGAGAUUGAGCUUUCAGGCGAGCUGCGGAACCCUGAGGAGAUCACAAAAGCAUUGUCCGGGGCAAGUGGACGGGAAAUCAAGGCGGUGUACCUGACCGCCGAAGAAGUGGAGGCUCAAGAGGCAGAUCCGCUAGUCGGCGCCUACUUGGCUCUGAGAGAUAUGCAUCUGUACGUUGAUAUCGACCAAGUCAAGGCUUGGGGUCUCCCGAUAGGGACGUUUGAAGCGUACCUCGCACGGAAGAACGAUGUUGUUCAGGAAACCUAUGGGUUGAAGGCAUGA